UAUGAUAUUUCGGGUAAUUUUGAAUUUAGUUUAAUUCGAAAGAAUACAUACUCGUUAAUUGCCCGCAAACGUGUAACGACUUCGCUGCUUGCUACAUUCUCGUUUGUGAAUCAACAUACGAAGGUGGACAAACGUGUAUAACCUCAAGUCAGUGCUCCAACGAUUGUUACCCUCGAUCAAUCGAAUACACAGAAUCCUUCCGCCACAUUAAUACGGUUUAAACAAUUCUUUUUUUUGCGUCGAAUAAGAAUAAAUCACUAUCAAAAUGGUAAAGAUAGCGUUGCAAGUGAAGGUUACGAUGGAGAACAUAGAAGAGUUGAGACCGUCAGGAGACGAAUUUCGAUGGUAUCUCAAGUUUACUUGUUGCAAUUGUCGGGAAGCAUCCGAAAAGUGGAACUACGUAUUAUUGAGCGAGACUGUUCCAGCCCAAAAAGGCCAUGCCGUCCAACACUUCACAAGCAAAUGCAAACACUGCGCCCGCGAAAAUUCCAUGAUGAUUUUGAAAGAUUCCAUAAAGCCUUACGUCGCGCGCGAUCUAGACGAGUUUCAGACCAUAGCGGUGUACGAUUGUCGAGGUCUCGAUCCUUGCGAUUUUUCGCCGAGAAAUGGAUGGAUCGCAAAAGCUGUCAACAACGGAACAGAAUUCACGGAUGUGGAUCUGACCGAAGGGGAAUGGGCUGGCUACUGCGAUAAGAUCAAAGAGCCUGUAACAAUAUACGAAAUCGAGCAUAGGUUUGAGAGAGUCAAAUAAAAAAGGGGAAUGGGAUGAAAUAUAAUAGACAGGUAGAUCGUGAAAAGAUAACCGUUAUAAUGCCAGUAUGUAGAUGCGUCAGGAUCAACGGAUCGAGGAACACGCACGAAUUGAAUAAAUGUGACAGACAGAUGUUUUCAACGACGUAAUAUAAUUUAUUCGUAAUCAUAUAAAAAAAAUGGACCAUUUAAUUCCGUAAAUGGUUUGGUACAGAGAAAAUUGCAACAAUAAUUCCGCGCCUCCUGAAAUUCCGUCCAAGUUGCCGAUCGUACCCCCUGCCCUGUACGAAUAACCGGGAUGACUAGCAUUGUUUCUCGGCAGGGAAUAAAUGGUGAAAUUGCAGUUGGUUCAACGAUUCGACGAGUCCUCGAACUCUUUGGACAAAGCUUUCCGUUUCGUAGCCUGGCUACCACCCCACUCCUCUACACCACCGGAAUGUCUCGAUACAAUAAUAAUUGGCUAAAAGUAACGAAAACCACAAUAAUCGUGAUCGCGUUUACGCACGAUAAUAAAAACAUCGAUCGUCGAUCAAAAACUAAGUAUGUACACGCAUACGAGUAUAAAAAUUCUGAAUGAAUUCACCUGAGCCGCCGUAGCGCCACCGUGGAAACGGAAGGAAGCCCGUUUUCGGCGGGUUCGAAGGCGUUACGAUACACACGCGUAAAAAUCUAACAUCGGCUGAAGACGUUUACGAUCACAGUUUCCAACGAAACUCGGAAAUAAAUCACAAGGGACGAUUCUGAUAAAAAUGAAUCACGAAACUCUAUGUAUAUAGUCGAUAAUCGGCUAUCUAUGUGUUACUAAUUCUCUCGCUACCGCUAUAAUUCUCUAAUAUUUCAGUUUACUAUGGCCCCUAACAUCUAACACAAAUAAAUAUCGUGUGCGCGUUACCGUCUGUUGCUUGGAAACAACUAUCAACGUAUAAAUCACAUGUGUAGCAAUAAUCGCCGAAUACAGGAGCUUAAAGGUGCGUUCCCAUUAUGCCUGUCGGCAGAACCGACCAUAUGGGGAUAUGUCAUCGACAUGUGCCAACAGGCAGCGUCGUAAAAUUGGGACACAAAACAGGUCGAUCGGCAUAACGGGGACGUAGCUUAAUGAGAGACAACAUUCGUGAACGUUUAUCAGUCUGUUUUAGCAAAAGUAUUCACCGCAGUUGGACAGUUGCGUGCGCGUAAUGACAUGUCCUCCUCGAACUCUGGAAUCAGGCGGGCACCUAUCGUUUUGGGGUUCAUUCGCAAAGGAAACCACAGUGCGACGACAUGUAAAAUGGAUUGGUGCCCAGCGAGGUCGAGUCUGUUGCGAAUUGUUGUUUCUCAACUCCAAUAUAUCGGCCAAGUCCGCUACGAAGCUUGAAGGAAAAAUCUUCUAAUGUGUUCUCUAACUUUACGAAUGCGUAUUCCUGGUUUUAGUGUUGGAUCAACUAAACGGUUCCUACGCUACCUUGCUAGUCUAUUAUCUUUGGUAUACUAACAGGAAAAGUUCGUUCGUUCGUUCGUUCGUUUGGUCGGUGGUACCGACACAACAACGGCAACAUUCGGCUUUGAUCCGUUGCUGCUAAUGUCUCCAUUUUCGGAAGUACGAGUAGAAAUAGGAACAUUGAAAGUACGUAACACGCGUUAAACGUCGAACAACGCUGUACUUUUGCUGUGAAAAAUGUCACCCGUUCGCCGCGACGUAAAAGAAAAAAAAAAUCUGCGGUUCGUCCUUGUUCGACGCGCCUCACGGUUUCUAUUGGCCUGUCCUCUUCGCAGUAAAAUGUAUAGCUGCUUACAAAAAACAGCAUUAGCCAUAAACCUGACCGACCCUAAGGUUUAUGUGUUUCGGUAGCCUAAUCCUGUCAUUCUAUACCCUUGAGUUGUAAAAACUGUGCUUGACUGUCGUUCAGGGGCAUACGAUGUCAAUUUGGGAUCGGGUUUUCUGUA